GGGCCUUGCCACAGCCUCCCGUCCUCAUCGUCCUUAACCUCUGUAUCGUCUAUUGCUACCCACGUUGAAGCGUCAUUGAUACCUCCUCAUGUCCAAAUUCGCCCCUCAUCGUCGCUCUGCUAAUGCCCCACGUGCUACGUCCUCCACUAUCUGCCAGAAAUGCCUUCAAACAGGCCAUUUUACGUACGAAUGCAAGUCUUCGCGUCCUUACGUAGCGCGUCCUUCGCGGACACAGCAACUCGAGAAUCCCAACCUGCUUACGAAAUUGAAGACUGAGGACAAGCCAUCCAUUGAGGUGCCCGAGGAGUUUAGGAGCAAGACCGGCACUGCCGACCGAAUCUUGGAAGCUAAGGAGAAGGAGCGUGCUAAGGGUGCUCCUUCCACUGAUGCUCAAGCAGCUUCCACCAAGGGCAAGAAACGAACCCGCGCAUCAUCGAGUUCUGAAAGCUCUAGUAGCGAUUCAGACUCGGAUUCGGGUUCGAGUUCGAGCUCGAGCUCUUCCUCCGAGUCGGGGAGCUCUUCCGGUUCUGACUCUGAUUCGAGGUCGAACUCGCCGACUAGCGCCGAUUCGGUCAGAGGAAGAGGCAGGAACUAUCGAUCAGGAAGCAGCAGCAGCAGCAGUCCGAGCAAAAGUCGAAGACGGUAUCAGUGACGACUGCCCCGAUAUGAAAGUGGACGUUCUUUGCCUGUUCGCGUUGAGCACCGAUACCUAAUGCUCUGUCUUGACGAUAUGUAUCACUAGGAUUGCACUUCAUGCGAGAACGUAUGAUGUAGUGUGCAAUGGUAUCAGAUUGCAGUGAAUCUCGUCUGACUGAAUAACUAAUAUAUACAACGCGGUGCCUC